AUGGGGGAGAACGACCUCCAGGGAUCUAAGCAAGUUGCAACCUCGGCAUUUAUCCCCCGUAAUGGGGCGCUGGAAAUCCGGGACCCCGAGAAUCUGGUGGCCUCCGGGGAACAGGCAUCGAAAGGUGCACCUGAACAACUUAAUGAGGACGUCGAAGAUGAGGAGAUGACAGAGGCGGAGAGAGAGGAGGCUAUCUACGACCUAGAGAACCAGGAAAUGGAUGAUGAGAUGAUGAAUAAUGACGACCUUUUAGGAGAAGACCUCGAGGACGAACAGGAACAAAUCGAAGCGAUUUCGCAGCUCUCCCCUCCUAAUACCGUCCAGAGCAAGAAAUCUGCAUGGCCACUUCCCCUCUGGACCCUGGAAAAGAAACAAAAAGAACAGAGCCAGCAAGACCAGGGGACAAAGAAACGAGUGCCAGUUAGCCCCGAAUCAAAAGGCCUUCGUGCAUCGAGGAAACUACAGGCACUACGGAGUCGUACAUCUCCGAAAGGUGGAAAGGGUAAUGUCUUGAGAUCCUCUAUUCGUACUAAACAACUCCCUCGUAAUGAGGUGUUUCCUUCUGCUUUAAGCAAGAAAUCUUCUAAUGCUGCAGGUUCGGUGGUGUCCCAGAAACCACCCAGUAAGAAGAUAUGA